AACGAGUUGCGCAGUUGCGGUGCGAGUCUAGGUUAGAUUCAAGGAAACAAUCUUUCCCACUUUUGAUAUUCGUAUCCGGAAACCAUGAGGAAUUUUCCAAGGUUGUUUCUAGCCGUAGCUUCGCUUCUCUCAUUGGGUCAAGGCUAUGAGUAUCAGUGUGAGCCAGGAACCGAUCCAACAGUAUGCAGUCUCUGGAACGUGCAGUACGUCCAGAAUGGAACUCAGCUCUCGGUGAAAAUGUCGUCAAAUGUUAAAGAGGUCCGACUCAAUAUGGAGCAAUAUUACUACGAACGUCAUUUGGGCAUCACCGUUUACGAUUCCUUCCUUCAUGUGACUAUCCUGCACAAUCCGGCCUCCGUGCAUGUAGGACAUAACCGUAUUAAGGAGCUGCACAUGCCGACCGAUCUCCAGACAGGCGAAUUCAUAAAAAGCUCGAUAUCGAAAGUACAUACCAAUUCCAGCUUGUCAUACGCUGUGACCUAUCUGGACCUGCAGGGCAAUUCUAUCUAUGAUAUCUCCAGUCUUUCCGCCCUUGUAAAUCUGCAGACCCUUAACCUCGAGAACAACUAUAUUAGCGAGAUCAAUGGAACAAUCUUCACGAGCAUGCGCAAUCUAUCCAUGCUUUACUUGGGCUAUAAUCGUUUCCAAAAGCUAGACUUCAAAGUGUUUCCUAAAUCCCUCUCUAACCUGUGGCUGUGCAGGAACCGUCUCAACGUCCUCGAUCUCGUCAAUGUAUCCUUACCGUCUCUUACCGUCCUUGAUGUGGAGAGUAACAAUCUAAAGACAAUCGACGUAGUGGCAGUGUUUGCAGCCUUGCCCGGGCUCCAAUUUCUCCCGAUCGCGCAAAAUAAGUUUUACGAAAGCGAGGCCAAGCGCAUUAUCGCUGAGCUGAACCGACAUAACGUGUCUCAUUACUUCGGGAAUGCAGAUCCCUACUGUGACCCGAGUGAGUAUGAAGUUUCGAAAAUCUGCUUUCCGGGUUCUGGACUGAUUGGCCGGUCGGUUUGGAAGGCACUUAUGCUUCUGGUGAUUCUAGUGAUUUUGGUAGCAAUUUUUGCGGGUAGUGUGCGUUGGAUAUGGUUCCAGAUGCGUUAUUAAGAUGAUACGUCGCACCACAAAUCCGUUGGUGUUUGGGGUGUUGAUUCUCUAAAUUGUCGUUCCUUACGAAUUUAUUUGUAGUUUUUCAUAUGUAAAUUUUG